AUGGUGAACAACCGUUUUACUCGGCAGUUGACGCUCGACACCACAAUCGAGGGCCAAAUUAGACAUCGGCGUAAACUUUCCAAGGAUCUCUUUUUUAUUGAUGUCCUACUUGACAAUGGCAACAAAGACCAGAUUCUAUUUCGAAGCGAUGACGGCUCUUUGACUCGAGAGGGUGUGCAAGAUAUCUAUCGUUCUGUCAAACAAGGGGAUGUGGUGCGUGCUGUUGUAGGUCUUCCCACCGAUCCAUCCGAAUAUGACAGCAAGAGUUUCAACGUAUGGCAAUCCACAGCACCUCUCAUUGUGAUACAACCCUACACUGAUACCAAGACAUUUGUUGCCGAUCCUCCUUUGGGUAGCAGCGGUCCCAAACAAACAAUUCGACGUUGGGAUGGAUCACAAAAGGCCAAGUCUGAAAUGUAUUGCAAGUAUUGGAUCAAUCAACGAGAGUGCGUUCGCUUGCCCAAUUGUCCAUUUUUGCACCCAACGGAAGAAGAGUACAUGGCUGCACGAGAAGCUUGGAUUGAAGAAAGAAUGGCUGCACGCAAAAUUACAACACACAACCCGCAUGAUCCUCACACUUCAAAGAAAUCACAUGCUCAACGUGCUAUGGUCUUUGCGCAGUGGAUUCAUGAGACGUUUGGAGAUUAUCUAUUAUCGGAUCAAGUGCGCCGUGGUGUAUUGGAUAUUGCUGGUGGCAAAGGCGACGUAUCCAUGUUCCUGAGCCAUGGAUACAAUAUCCCGGCAACCGUGGUAGAACCGGAGACAAGGAAACAACCUCGCCAUUGGUACACGCGUUUACGUAGGCUCACUUGUAGAAUGGUACGAGGCGAAGCUCCCGAUUGUACGGUACCUAUGGAAGAGAAAUGGCCUUAUGAUUUGGAACCUACAUACCUAGCAACAUUGAUGAACGAUGCCUUUCUCGAGAAUUAUCCUGAGGUGGUUGAACAAGCUGGGCUUUUGAUUGGUUUGCAUUCAGAUCAAGCGACUGAACCUAUUGUUGAUGCUGCUCUCAAAAUGGGCAAACCUUUUGCUGUCAUUCCUUGUUGUGUAUUCCAUCAUGAAAAUCGGCAUCGACGUUUAUCCAAUGGCAACGAAGUCGUCACCACUGAAGAUUUUAUUCAAUACUUGAGCGAAAAAGAUACCCAUGGACAAGGUGUCAUUGAAAAAGCCUAUCUUGGUUUUGAAGGCAAGAAUGUCGUGCUUUUUUGGAGACCUUAUGUGACAUCACAAUAG